GCGCUACCGAGGAAGAAGUUAGUGAUUUGCCGGGCCCUGGCCCCGAAGACGAGGUCCGGUGACCCCUGGCCCCUUCCUGUCUCCCCUCCGCCUACCUUUCCCUCUGCCUUCUGCCGGGAUGAGGCGCGCAGGCCUGGGUGAAGGCAACUAUGGGAACUAUGGCUAUGCUAAUAGUGGAUAUAGUGCCUGUGAAGAAGAAAAUGACAGACUCACUGAAAGUCUGAGACACAAAGUAACUGCUAUAAAAUCUCUUUCCAUUGAGAUAGGCCAUGAAGUUAAAACUCAAAAUAAAUUAUUAGCUGAAAUGGAUUCACAAUUUGAUUCUACAACUGGAUUUCUAGGUAGAACUAUGGAAAAACUGAAGAUUUUAUCCAGAGGGAGUCAAAGCAAGCUGAUGUGCUAUAUGAUGCUGUUUUCAUUGUUUGUCUUUUUUGUCAUUUAUUGGAUUAUUAAACUGAGGUGAUGCAAA